AUGCCUCCAACCACGGUAAAGCGAGUGGCCGUUAUUGGCGUCGGCCCUGCCGGUGCCAUCACAAUAGACGCAUUGGCUCGCGAAAAGGCGUUCGAUAUUAUCCGGGUGUUUGAGCGUCGCGAAGGGCCGGGAGGAUGCUGGAUAGGUGAUGCCACGACACCGCCCGCAGAAACAAACCUGGAAGACCUCGCAAAGCGCAAUGUCGACUUACCGCUCUCGAUACCGGAGCAGCUCCCGGCAUUGACUCCCAAGUCUGACCAGCCGCGCUUCACCGAGUCGUCCGUGUACCCGUACCUGGAGACCAAUAUUGAUUCGCUGCCGAUGGAAUUCAGCCAGGAGCCGAUACCACCGGAGAAAAGCCAAGGGUCGAUAGAGCUUCAUGGGAAGGAUACGCCAUUUAGACACUGGCGCGUCAUGCGCGACUACAUUGCGCGUCUCGUGGAUAGAAAUGGCUAUCAAGACUACGUAUCGUACAACACCACGGUCGAACGCGCAGAGAAGGUAGACGGGGAGUGGAAGCUCACUCUUCGGAGAGAUGGAGCGGCGCAGGAUUAUUGGUGGAAUGAAUACUUUGACGCGGUGAUUGUCGCCACAGGGCAUUACUCUGUCCCUUAUAUUCCAUCCAUUCCCGGGUUGGAACAGCUACAGAAACUGCGUCCUGGAAGUGUUGUGCAUAGCAAGCACUUUCGAGGCAGACAUUCCUACAAGGGCAAGCGGAUCGUGGUCGUCGGCGCAUCCGUCUCGGCCGCCGAUCUUGCCUUUGACCUGGCUGAAGUCGCCGAAGCCCCCGUCCACGCCGUCACCAUCGGCCACACCCCCAACGGCUACUUCGGCUCCGACGCCUUUCAACAUCCCCUCAUCCGGCAGCACCCGUCCAUCGACCGCGUCGACGGCCGCACCGUCCACUUCGCCGACGGCAGCUCCGUCCCCGACGUCGACCACGUCCUCUUCGGCACCGGCUACACCUGGACGCUGCCGUUCCUGCCCGUCGUGCCGGUCCGCGGCGGCAACCGCGUGCCCGGCCUCUACCAGCACGUCGUCUGGCAGGCGGACCCGACGCUGCUCUUCGUCGGCGCGGUCAACGCCGGGCUGACCUUCAAGGUGUUUGAGUGGCAGGCCGUGUUCGCGGCGCGGCUGCUGGCGGGACGCGCGCGGGCGCUGCCGCCGGUGCAAGAGAUGCGCCGCUGGGAGGAGGAGCGCGUGGCGGCGAGGGGAGAUGGCGCCAAGUUUGCGCUCGUGUACCCGGACUUUGAGGACUACUUUGAGACGCUGAGGGGACUGGCUGGCGAGGGGGAGGGGGAGGGGGGCGUGGGGAGGAGGCUGCCGCCGUUCAGGAGGGAGUGGUUCCGGGCAUUUCUCGAGGGCCAUGAGCGUCGAAAGAGGAUGUGGCGACGGAUCAAUGCCGAGUAUCGGGAGAUUGAAGAGAAGCGGUUGAAGAAAGCUGGGGAACCCAAACCCCGGCUUUGA